AUGAAAUGUUUAAAUCAUCAAAGAUCUUUUGAAUUCAUUUGUUAUCAAUGUAAUAAUUUGAUGUGUUCAAAGUGUAGCAUCAGUCACAUCAAAGAUCAUCCUGAUCAUUUCGAUAGCUUGGAACAUAUCGAUGACAUCAAACACUCAUUGAGCACAUUAAAGUUAGAUGAUAUUAUUGACACCACCACAACACCAACAACCAAUAAUCAAAUUAAAAAUGAUACUAAAGAUAAUAUAGAUGAUAAUAAUAAUAGAAACUCUUUCAUUUCACAAAUCAAGAAUAAACUUAAAUCUAUAUGGGAAUCAUUAAGAUCAUCGACAUCCAGAUAUCAAUCAUUUUCAACAACAGAGAAUGAUAUCAAACAACACUUUGAACAAUUACAUCAAUAUCUAACCACUGAAGAACAUAAACUACAAAGAGAUAUUAUAAAUGAUAAACAUAUAAUCACAAAUCAAAUCGAUAAAAAUGUUAAUCAUUUAAAAUAUUUAAUAAAUAUAAUAAUGUUAUUUAAUAAGUUAAAUAAAGAUAUUAAUAAUAGUAAUGAGGAUACCUCAAUUAUAUCGGAUACAACAACAUUAUAUUCAACAACAACAAUAAUGGAAUCAAUAACAACAAGUUCAUCAUUACAAUCAUUCAUCAAUCAUAACAAUCAAACAUUAUUCAAUGAACAUAAUUAUAAAUAUAAUAAUUAUUUCAAUAUUGAUUCACUUCUUAAACAAGAUUACUCAGAUUUAUCAUCAAUAUUAUUAGAUAUCAUUCAUAAAUACAACAAUGAAUUCAAUGAAUCAACAACAAACACAGACAAUAAUAACUUAAGAUUAUCAUCAUAUAAAUUAUCAAUCCAACAACCUGAUUUCAAUCAAUUGAAUUCAAUCAUUGAACAAUCAAUCAAACUUGAUCGAAUUGAAUCAACUGAAUCAAUAAAUACAACAACAACAAACAACAAUGAUAAAAUACAAUCUUAUAUUUUCACAACACACCUUGAAAAAGGAGCAACACUGAUCAACACAUCAAACAACAAUUCAAUUGAAGAAUUAAUGUUUGAUUAUCAAUUUUAUGCUACAUACUCCUCGAUUGUUUCAAUUGGUGAAUAUAUCUAUAUAUUCGGUGGAGAUACCAAUCAAAAAAAAUGGAUUAAAAUAUCAAUGAAAUCGAAAUCAAUUGAACAUAUUGGUGAUAUCGAAGGAAUCAAAGGUGAUCAAUUAAUAUCAGUUUGUUAUGAUGGUCAAGAUCAUAUCUAUUUAGUGAAUGGUUAUAAUAUAAAGAAUAGAAUUGAUCGAUUCAACAUCAAGACAAUGAAAUUUGAAUCAUAUUUUAACUUACCUGUUGGUUAUGGUCGACAAGUUUCAUCAAUGAUCUUCAAAGGUUCAUUAUAUUCAAUAUCGUUCGAUCAAAAUAAGAUGUUUCAAUUCGAUUUAACAAAUAGAACGAUAACAGAUCAUCAAAUUGACAUUAUACCAUACUCAGGAUGUCAUGAUAACAAUGGAAAUUUCUUCAUAGUAGAUUCAAAAAACAAACGAUUCAUCAAAUACAAUGUUGAAACCAAACAAACAAUCAAUCUCAAUACAAUUCUUCCCACAAAAGCACAGAUUACAUUUGUGAUGUAUCAUCGAGAAUCACCAACAUCAAGUUAUAUCUAUUCAUUUGGAUUGUCAAAUGAUUGUAAUUUCAAAUAUUCAAUUGAAUCCAAUCAAUGUGAACCAUUUUUAAUAGAUAUUAUUAAUCAUCCAAGAUGGUUUUGUGCAUCUACAUCAAUUUCAUUAUAA